AUGGAUUUCCUGGUCCGACUCCUGCAGCUACUGGUGCUUCUCCUGACCCUGCCCCUGCACUUGUUGGCAUUACUGGGUCUCUGGCAGCCCCUGUGCAAAAUCUACUUCCCCUACUUGAUGACCAUGCUGACUGUCAGGAGGAACCGUAUAAUGGAGAGCAAGAAGCGGGAGCUUUUUGGUCAGAUCAAGGAGCUUGCCUCUGGGACAGUGGACCUGCUGGAGAUAGGCUGUGGCACUGGGGCCAACUUCCAGUUCUAUCCACCAGGCUGCAGGAUAACCUGCCUGGACCCAAAUCCCAACUUUGAGAAGUUCCUGACAAAGAACAUGGCUGAAAAUAAGCACCUCACAUACGAGCAGUUUGUGGUAGCUGCUGGAGAGGACAUGGGACAACUGGCAGACGGCUCCAUGGAUGUGGUGGUUUGCACUCUGGUGCUAUGCUCUGUGCAGAGCCCAAAGAAGGUCCUGCGGGAAGUCCAGAGAGUGCUGAGGCCGGGAGGACUCUUCUUUUUCUGGGAACAUGUGGCUGAGCCAUGUGGAAGCUGGGCCUUCAUGUGGCAGCAAGUUUUAGAGCCCACCUGGCAACACAUUGCGGGUGGCUGCUGCCUCACCAGAGAAACCUGGAAGGAUCUGGAGGGCACCCAGUUCUCUGAAAUCCAAAUGGAGCGACAACCCCCUCCUAUCAAGUGGUUACCUGUUGGUCCCAGCAUCAUAGGAAAGGCUGUGAAAUAACUCUUCCCCUCGUCCCCAAGCACCCAUGUCUGA